CUCCCUCUCCUUAUUAUUAUACAACAAGAAAACCAAUGUUUUUCUUUUCAAAAGAACUUCAUUCUGAGUUAACAGCCUUGGAAAUUCACACAAACAAACUUACAACAAUGACGAGGGGCUGACCAGUUUAUUCCUAAGCCCCUGCGUCUCUGGGUCAUAUACCUGACUAAUUAAGACAUGGAAGCUUCAAAUAGUUUAUCAAAUUUGAGAAACUCUCAACAACACAUAGGACCAGUUCUGCUGCCCCCUAACAUGGCAUAUGAAACUGAAUUUGAAGCAUUCUCAGAACCCAAAGAGGGGUUGCGGCGCCACCAACGUACAUUCUCAGAUAGCAUGCUAAUUGAGGAAACACCAUCUUGGGUGAAGGAACUCCUUGAUGAGCCUGAUACACCACUUUUCAGGAGUCAUCGAAGAUCAUCAAGUGAUUCCAUUGCUUACUUUGAAUUAGGACCAACAGCUGAGGAGUCAGAUGCCAUAUAUGAAAAACAAAAUGUAUCAGAUCCACAAGGCUCCUUUGUGCAGCAGCAUCGUUGCUUGCAACCCAAUCCUUCCUCAAACAGAACAGAUUCAAAACGUGUCAAGAGGCACUCAGCUCAACAUUACCGGGCCAGGAAAGUUCAAUACAUUGCUGAACUGGAAAGAAGUAUCCAAGUUUUGCAUGCUGAAGGAUAUGAAGUUUCAGCCGAACUUGAAUUUCUUGAUCAGCAAAACCUCAUAUUAGGCAUGGAGAACAGGGCUCUCAAACAGAGGUUGGACAGUUUGUCCCAAGAGCAGUUCAUCAAAUCCUUGGAGCAAGAAGUGCUUGAGAAAGAAAUCACAAGGCUUAGAAACCUUUAUCAACAGCAACAACAAAAACAACAGCAGAAACAUCAUAGCAAGCCUCGAUCUAAACAUCAAGAUCUAGAUGCCUCAUUUGCCAAACUUUCUUUGAAGAACAAGGGAACCGAAUUGCAGAAAGCUAGAUAGUUUCCUCCAGAAAGUGCUACCUUGUGUUUCAUAACUUUGAUUCUCUCAUUUUCUACAAUUAAAUGUCCUUUUAAGGUUUUGCAAUAUAGUGCAACCCCUCCAUAUAUAGAAUCUCUAGUUUACAUGGUAGAAUGUUCCCAUUAUAGUGGAUCUCUUAGAAGAAAAUUGAAUCAAAUUGGCAGCUGCCAUUUGUGACAUAAUGUAUGCCUUGCUUGGUGUUGUGCCACUGCUAUGGACAACAGCAUAUGGUCACAUUAGGCUGUAAAAUUCUCUAUGCAAAACUCUUCAUGUUAUGCUAAAUAAAUUUCCUAUUAGCCAUCC